CACUGUAGCUUCUUUAUUCCUUCUUCCCCUUUCAAAUUUCUCCGGUGGUACGGUUAAAUCAUCACAUCGGAUAACUCUGCCGGCGACCAAAAUGGCGCUGUAUUCAAUCGGCGCUGCGGUCUCAGUUCUUAUAUAUUUCUCUCUUCUCUAUUCAAUCACAGCUGGUGAAAACAUCAUCCAUCAAUCUCCUGCCGCUGGAUCACGACGUCCAAUGGUGUUCCCAUUGUUUCUCUCUGAACGUAAUUCUUCUUCGAGAUCUUUAUCUAUUCCCCAUCGGAAACUCAACGGAGCCGACUCAAAAUCACUGCCUCACUCUCGCAUGAGACUCUACGACGAUCUUCUUCGUAACGGAUAUUACACGACACGGCUUUGGAUUGGUACGCCUCCGCAAAUGUUUGCCCUCAUUGUUGAUUCUGGGAGUACUGUUACUUAUGUUCCUUGUUUUGAUUGUGAACAAUGUGGCAAACACCAGGACCCGAAAUUUCAACCAGAAUUGUCCAGUACUUAUCAACCUGUGAAGUGUAACAUGGAUUGUAAUUGUGACGAUGAUAAGGAGCAAUGUGUUUACGAGAGAGAGUAUGCUGAGCACAGUAGUAGUAAAGGUGUGCUUGCAGAAGAUCUUAUUUCAUUUGGCAAUGAAAGCCAGCUUACACCUCAACGAGCUGUUUUCGGUUGUGAAACUGUGGAAACCGGUGAUCUUUAUAGCCAACGCGCUGAUGGCAUUAUCGGAUUAGGCCAAGGGGAUCUUAGUCUUGUUGAUCAGUUGGUGGAUAAAGGUUUGAUUAGCAACUCUUUUGGUUUGUGUUAUGGAGGGAUGGAUAUUGGUGGAGGUUCGAUGAUUCUUGGAGGUUUUGAGUAUCCAUCUGAUAUGAUAUUCACAGACUCAGACCCUGAUCGUAGUCCAUAUUACAAUAUAGAUUUGACGGGGAUACGUGUUGCUGGGAAGCAGUUGUCUCUCAACUCAAGAGUCUUUGACGGAGAACAUGGCGCCGUUUUAGACAGUGGUACAACUUAUGCUUAUCUUCCAGACGCAGCAUUUUCAGCAUUUGAGGAAGCUGUAAUGAGAGAAGUUUCCACAUUAAAGCAGAUUGAUGGUCCUGAUCCAAAUUUUAAAGAUACUUGCUUCCAUGUCGCUGCAAGUAAUGAUGUCUCUGAACUUUCAAAGAUAUUCCCAUCAGUUGAGAUGCUAUUUAAAACUGGGAAAUCGUGGCUGUUGUCCCCUGAAAAUUACAUGUUCCGACAUUCCAAGGUGCAUGGCGCAUAUUGUCUCGGUGUUUUCCCAAAUAGAAAAGAUCAUACAACUCUUCUAGGAGGAAUUGUGGUUCGCAAUACACUUGUUGUGUAUGAUCGUGAGAAUUCCAAGGUUGGAUUCUGGAGAACCAAUUGUUCAGAGUUAUCGGAUAGGCUUCAUAUCGAUGGUGCACCACCACCUGCCUCUUUGCCUUCAAAUGACUCAAAUCCAUCCCAAAAUUCAUCAAGCAAUCUCCCAGGUUUAAUUCAAAUUGGUCAAAUAAAGCUUGAUAUUCAACUAACAGUCAAUUCAUCCUAUCUGAAACCUCGAAUUGAAGAGCUCUCCAAGUUAUUCUCCAAGGAGCUUGAUGUCAAAUCUUUUCAGGUCAAUUUAUCGAAUCUCACCUCCAAAGGAAACAACACUCUCAUCAGAAUGGUUGUCAUCCCUCCUGAACCUACUACUUGGUUUUCAAAUGUCACAGCAACGAGUAUAGUUUCUCGGUUUACCAAUCAUCAAAUCAAGCUUCCUGAAAUCUUUGGGGACUAUCAGCUGGUUAAUUACAAAUUCGAGCCUCCAAGAAAACGGAGGAAUAACAUCGUCGUGAUCGCGAUUGGGAUCAUCGCUGUAAUUAUCGGGUUAUCAGCUUAUGGAGCUUGGUUAAUAUGGAAACGGAAACAAACAUCAAUACAAUACAAACCAGUAGAUGAAGCCAUAGUCGCUGAGCAAGAACUACAACCUAUAUAAACAAAAACUUGGUACCUUAUUUAAAUCUCUUCUUUUUCAUACAAAAGCUGUUUGGUCUUAUUCAAAAAAACAGUAUCCCAAACUUGUCUUAAUGAUCUUCAUUUUUUUUUUUUUUUGACAUAUCUUAAUGAUCUUCAUUGUUUAGUAAAUAAUGCCAAUUUUUUCGUUUAAAUUUAUGAAACUUCUCGUUUUGUUUUAGUUUGUAUUUUA